GGCUGAGCAGUCCCCUGCGUGCCCGUGGAAGCGGGCGGGCUGUGUUCUGGCCUGUGAAGUUGCCCUCCCCGCGGCGAGUCUGAGAAGCUUCUCUUCGGGUUCUAGAAAGCGGCGGCGCUGGGAUCCUCUUCGCUCCCUGUAGCGGAGGCUGGCGCAUUGGGAUAAGAAUAAAAGAAUCUGAGCAAGUUGGAGAAGAUAAAGUGUAUUCAAUCUUCAAACUAGAAGACCAACAAAGCAGAAAAUGUACAAUUUUGAGGACGAGUUAACAUGUCCUAUUUGUUACAGUAUUUUUGAAGAUCCUCGUGUACUACCAUGCUCUCAUACAUUUUGUAGAAACUGCUUGGAAAAUGUUCUUCAGGCAUCUGGUAACUUUUAUAUUUGGAGACCUUUACGAAUUCCACUAAAGUGCCCUAACUGUAGAAGUAUUAUUGAAAUUGCUCCAACUGGUAUUGAAUCUUUACCCGUUAAUUUUGCAUUAAGGGCUAUUAUUGAAAAGUACCAGCAAGAAGAUCAUCCAGAUAUUGUCACUUGCCCUGAACAUUACAGGCAGCCAUUAAAUGUUUACUGUUUACUAGAUAAAAAAUUAGUUUGUGGUCAUUGCCUUACCAUAGGCCAACAUAAUGGUCAUCCUAUAGAUGAUCUUCAAAGUGCCUAUCUGAAAGAAAAAGACACGCCUCAAAAACUGCUUGAACAGUUAACUGACACACACUGGACAGAUCUUACUUGUCUUAUUGAAAAGCUGGAAGAACAAAAAUCUCAUUCGGAGAAAAUGGUCCAAGGUGAUAAAGAAGUUGUUCUCCAGUAUUUUAAGGAGCUUAGUGAUACAUUAGAACAGAAAAAAAAAUUUUUCCUAACUGCUCUCUGUGAUGUUGGCAAUCUGAUUAAUCAAGAAUAUACUCCACAUAUUGAAAGAAUAAGAGAAAUGAGAAAGCAGCAACUUGAAUUAAUGACAUUGACAACAUCUUUACAAGAAGAGUCUCCACUUAAAUUUCUUGAAAAAGUUGAUGAUAUCCGCCAGCGUGUGCAGAUCUUGAAACAAAGUCCACUUCCAGAGGUCCAGUGUAUUGAAAUUUAUCCUCGAGUAAGCCAAGUAUUGAAAGAAGAUUGGAGCAGAACAGAAAUUGGACAAAUUAAGAAACUUAUUAUUCCUGAAAUGAAAAUAUCUUCAAGUAUGCCAUGUUCCUGGCCUGGUGAUGAAAAGGAAGUUGAAUUUUUUAAGAUUCUAAACAUUAUUAUAGUUACACUAAUUUCAGUGAUACUGAUGUUGAUCCUCUUUUUUAACCAACACAUAAUAACCUUUCUAAAUGAAAUCACUUCAAUAUGUUUUUCUGAAGUCUCUCUGUCUGUUUACCAAACUUUAUCUAACAAUCUGUAUGAUUUAAAGAAUGUACUAUGUCACAUUUUAUAUUUGCUGAAGGAAUUCACGUGGAAAAUAGUUUUUCAUUGAAAAUGCAAAUCUAUGUUGUUUAAAUAGGCUUAUUCUGUACAGAAACAACCAUUGCUAAAUGGAGAAAUAUAGGGGUUGCAUGGAUAAAUAAAAUAGACAUGGAAUUAGAGAACAGUUUGGGAAAAGCUCAACAGUACGAAAGUCAAAGAAUCCAUGUGCAAUAUUUGAAGAAACCAUAAAAUUUUUAAGAAUUUGGAGAAAGUACAGAGAUAUGUGACAUAACAGGAGGAUCUAGAACUCCGUACUUAAUUACAAACCUGAACAUGAUUCCUUCAGAGAAAGGAUCCAAGCUGUC